CUUGGCAUACUUUUUGCUUUUUCCAUCAACCACACACUUAAACCCCCAAAAAAACAUAUCCCCGGCCACUAAUCAGAAUUAGAUUAUAAUGGAUUCGAUCAAGUCCUUCAAGGGCUAUGGCAAGGUAGACGAGGUUGAAGAGCAAGCAUUCCGGAAAAGGGCACGAAGGCGUCUCAUCAUCCUCAUCGUCUCCUCCAUCGUCCUGUUAACGGUGAUCGUCGCUGCAGUUGCCGGAAUCUUGAUACACAAGCGCAACAGCUCAUCACCCUCAUCCCACUCGGUUCCCGCACCCGAGCUGACCCCUGCCGCCUCACUCAAAACGCUCUGCAGCGUAACUCAGUAUCCUAAUUCGUGCUACUCUAGCAUCUCCUCCUUGGACACCACCAACACCACCGACCCGGUGGUCCUCUUCAAGCUCUCUCUACGCGUGGCCAUCAAAGAGCUCUCCAACCUCACCAACGACUUACCGGCGAAGCUCAUCGCCGGCACCAACGACACCAAACUCAAAUCCGCUCUAACUCUCUGUCAAGGCCUUUUGGAAGACGCAGUGGAUCGGCUCAAUGACUCGAUAUCAGCCAUGGAAGUCGGUCAAGGUGGGAAGCUAUUGUCCUCGGCGAAAAUCAACGACUUGGAAACCUGGCUGAGCGCCACCCUCACAGACCAAGAAACCUGCUUGGACGCUCUUCAAGAACUCAACUCCACGCUUGUCGACGAUGUGAGGACCGCCAUGGAGAACUCCACCGAAUUUGCCAGCAAUAGUUUGGCCAUUGUGGCUAAGAUUCUCGGAUUACUGUCUAAUUUUAACAUUCCCAUUCAUCGGAGGAGGCUGCUCGGGUUCGGAGGGGAAUUUCCGGACUGGGUUAGCCCGGGUGACCGGAGGUUGCUGGAGGACAUCAACGUGACGGCCAUGCGUGCGACGGUGGCUAAGGACGGGAGCGGCAACUAUAAGACGAUCAGCGAGGCGGUGGCGGCAGUGCCGAAGAAGAGCGAAACGAGAUUUGUGAUAUAUGUAAAGGAAGGAAACUAUUCUGAAAAUGUGAUUUUGGACAAGCACAAGUGGAAUGUGAUGAUGUACGGGGAUGGCAAGACGAAGACAAUCGUCACCGGCAACUUGAACUUUGUGGACGGCACUCCCACCUUCAACACCGCCACUUUCGCUGUGGCGGGGAAGGGUUUCAUUGCAAAAGACAUGGGAUUCUUUAACACUGCCGGUGCUGCAAAGCACCAGGCAGUUGCCUUCCGGUCAGGUUCCGACCUCUCCGUGCUGUACAGAUGCUCGUUUGACGCCUUCCAGGACACCCUCUACGCUCACUCGAACCGUCAGUUCUACCGUGAAUGUGACAUUACGGGCACCAUCGACUUCAUUUUUGGCAACGCAGCGGUGGUCCUCCAAAGCUGCAGCAUCCAGCCCAGGCAGCCCCUACCCAACCAGUUCAACACCAUCACAGCUCAGGGCAAGAAGGAUCCCAACCAGAACACGGGCAUUUCCAUCCAAAAAUCAUAUUUCUCCCCUCUCGACAACGUUACAGCUCUGACGUACCUUGGUAGGCCUUGGAAAGAAUACUCUACCACAGUAAUUAUGCAGUCUGAUAUCGGGUCGUUCUUGAAUCCGUUGGGCUGGAUAGAAUGGGUCACCAAUGUCAAGCCGCCUAAGACAAUAUUCUAUGCCGAGUACCAAAAUACAGGGGCCGGAGCAACUGUAGAAAAACGGGUUCAAUGGGCAGGUUAUAAGCCCACUCUAACAGCAGAUGAGGCUGCCAAGUUUACUGUGGACUCCUUUAUACAGGGCAGUGAUUGGCUACCGGAAACUGACGUCAAGUUUGAUGCAUCCUUAUAAUCUGACAAAAAGGAAACACAGGUUGGUUGCAUUAGAAGAUAAGAGAUAUAUGUCAAGGAAAGAACGGAAUAGAUUGUUCUUUUCGACAUAAAAAAUGUUUGUGUGCGCGAAUCAAAACGUUAUACAUGGUGAGUGUAAUUUUUUUUUUUUGUUUUGGUCCUGUUUUACCUUCUUUGUAACAUUCUUUCAGUUGUAGUUGAAACUCCUACCAAAUUUUAUGAUCAAGAUUGAAUGAAAUCAUAAAGACUAGUUUUAUACUU